GUGCCCCCACCGCUUCGAUGCUGCCGUUGUUGCUCUCUGCUCGAUCUUGCAUCAGUGAUUGGAAUGCGCUCUAUAUAAGAAAUGACGAACUUUGGACUUGGAGAAUCGACACGUAGUGACGUUGCGUGAAACAUUUGUCACAAUUUACGUGUGCGAACUUUGAACUCCGCAAAGCGAGAGAUGUUGACAUUUAAAAGGACGAUCGUUUAAAAGGGAUCUUUCUCGUUAUUUCGGCAACGUGACGUGAGAGAUAAGGGUCUUUUUUUAAUUUACUUUUUUUUUUUUUUUUAAUUUCUUCAUCUUUUCUUCAUCGCACAAUCUCACACUGGUGCUCGCCAUAUUAUAAAGAAAACAUGAUUAAUACGGGGAAAUUGGCUGGUCGCACCAUAUUUAUCACAGGUGCUUCCAGAGGUAUUGGAAAGAGCAUAGCGUUGAAAGCUGCUCGAGAUGGUGCAAAUAUUGUUAUAGCCGCAAAGACCGCUGAACCGCAUCCGAAACUACCGGGCACUAUUUACACAGCAGCUGACGAAGUUGUAGCAGCCGGUGGCAAAGCUUUACCUUGUGUGGUGGAUAUACGCGAUGAGACGCAAGUAAUUGCCGCGGUCGAGAAUGCCAUCAACAAGUUCGGUGGUAUUGAUAUUGUUGUUAAUAACGCGAGCGCUAUUUCUUUAACAGGCACACUCGCAACCGACAUGAAGAGAUACGAUUUGAUGAAUAACAUCAACGCGAGAGGAACAUUUCUUGUAUCGAAAGUGUGUAUACCGUAUUUAAAGAAAAGUACAAACCCUCACAUAGUGAACCUGAGCCCGCCGCUUAGCAUGAAGCCAGUUUGGUUUCAAAAUCACGUUGCUUAUACAAUGGCCAAAUACGGGAUGUCUAUGUGCGUGCUCGGUAUGGCCGAGGAAUUUAAAUCCGACGGCAUUGCGGUUAAUGCCGUUUGGCCCAGAACAGGUAUUUAUACCGCCGCAAUGAGUAUGCUACAGGGUUCGGAAUCGGCCGAUCAUUGCCGAAAACCCGAAAUUAUGGCAGAUGCCGUUUACGCAUUGGUGUGUAAAGACAGCAAGUCAGUUACCGGACAAUUUCUGAUUGAUGAGGAUCUGUUGAGAAGCGAGGGCAUUACUGAUUUCACAAACUACGCGUGUAAUCCAGAAUAUAAAGACAGUUUAAUACCGGAUUUCUUUGUGGAUGAAAACAUUUCAAAACUCGAAGGUACAUUGAGUAACGAAAACCAAUUAAGUGGUCAAGUGAGAAAGAUAUUUAACGCCAUUGACGCUAACUUGAGCACCGAACUGGUUAACAAGACUGGUGCUAUAUAUCAAUUUAAUUUGAAAGGAAAAGAGCCUGGUGAAUGGUUUCUUGAUCUGAAGAACGGUAAAGGUUGUAGUGGCAAGGGAAAACCGAAUCAACCAGCUGAUGCAGUGCUUACGAUGGAUUCGGACAAUUUCUUUGCUAUGUUUUCAGGUAAACUAAAACCUACCGCAGCAUUUAUGUCAGGAAAACUAAACAUAAGCGGAAAUUUGCAGAAAGCAAUGAAGUUAGAAAAAUUAAUGAGCAGUUUGAAAUCGAAACUGUAAAAUUGUGUAAACAAAUUCCAUAAUAAUAAUGGUUUAAAAUAUAUGUUUAUAGAUAUAUUUUUAUAUUCACAAUAUACAUAUAUAUACAGUUCACGUGUCAUUACGUUCAAAGUAUGCAUUUGGUUAAGUUUUUUCAUGGAGAUGGAAGCAAUGUAUAGAAACUAUAGAUUUUAUACCGAAGAUAAGGAAAUAAAAUCUUUUGUAAUUAAA